ACACCCUCAAAUAUUCUUUUUCUUCUUACAAUAAUCUCUCCCAAUUCUAAAACACUUUGCAACAGAAAUGACUCUUCAUACAACUUAUUUUCUUCUCUCAUCACUACUACUGCCCAUUAUGUUCUUCAGUUUAACUGCUUUUGCCGAUACGUUAACAUUCAACAUUCUCAAUUGUGGAGCAAAACCUGAUGGUUCCAUUGCCGCUUCGUUAACAUUCAACGUUGUCGAUUAUGGGGCGAAACCUGACAACACAAAAUUUGACUCAGCCAAGGCCUUCCAAUCAGCAUGGACGCAUGCGUGUAGCUCUUCUAAAGCAGCUACCAUUUAUGUGCCUAAGGCCAAAUUCUACAUUUCUAGUGCAACUUUCAAUGGGCCAUGCAAAAAUAAUGCCAUUACUUUAAAAAUGGAUGGCACUCUGGUGGCUCCCUCAAAUUUCCAACUCACUGCCCAAUCUAAAAAUUGGAUCCUUUUUCGUCAGGUUAAUGGAGUUACUGUCUCCGGCGGUGUUAUUGAUGGUCAAGGAAGUGGACUUUGGGCUUGCAAACAGUCUGGCAAGACAUGCCCUCGUGGAACCACAUCACUAGAAUUUACCAAUUCUCAGAACAUAUUGAUCAGUGGAUUAACAUCACUGAAUAGCCAAAUAUAUCACAUUGUCAUGAAUAAAUGCCGUAAUGUAAAAAUGGAAAGUCUAAACAUCUAUGCCCCUGCCAAUAGUCCCAAUACCGAUGGAAUUGAUUUAGAAGAAACAACUUAUGCGACCAUCCUCGACUCUAAUAUCGGCACCGGUGAUGACUGCAUUUCAUUAGGCCAUGGCACAUUUAACGUGUUUAUCCAGAAUGUUUUCUGCGGACCUGGCCAUGGAAUUAGUGUUGGAAGUUUAGGAAGAAAGGAGAAAGAGAAUGGGGUCCAAAAUGUGACAGUUCAAUCAUGUAGACUCAGCAACACUCAAAAUGGAGUGAGAAUAAAAAGUUGGGGAAGACCCAGUACUGGAUUUGGAAGAGACAUUCGUUUUCAACAUAUCACAAUGACUAAUGUCAAAUACCCUAUCAUCAUCGAUCAAAAUUAUUGUCCCCAUCAUCAAGAUUGUCCUGGACAGGAUUCUGGAGUUAAAAUUAGCAAUGUGACAUACCAAUCCAUUUACGGGACAUCGGCGACGCUGGUGGCCAUCAAAAUGGAUUGCAGCCCCAAAUUUCCAUGCAAGGGAAUAGUGUUGGACGAUGUUAAGCUAACGUACAAGAAUGGAAAAGCCAAAGCUUCAUGUAGCCACGCUCAAGGCUUUGAUGUUGACUUGGUUGAGCCCACGGGUUGCUUUUAUAGCAGGGCAACUGAAGAGUUCUUAAGCUCUAUUUAAGUUAAGAAUUUAAAUCAUAUAUAUAUUAUUCCUGCUAAAAAUGAGUAUACUUCCCGCUGUAAUCUAAUUCUAAUGUACAUAUAGCUAAUGUUUGUACUACCAACUUUGGAAAUCAGAAACUCCAUUCGUCUGUUGCACUAGUUUAUGGUUAUAGUUGUAGAAGUUAUUCCUAAUCAUGCUAGGUUGUUGAAACUUUAGUGUGUUAAAUCAUGUAAAAUAUAGUGAAUAAAUUAGUUGAAUGGUUGGUUGAAUCAUCA